GUACAGUCGAUCGAAAGGAUAUCUGCCAAUCAAUAGUGCAUCAUAAAAGCAGCAGACUUAAUCCAAUGGUGGUGGUUGUUGUUUCGUUCAAUUCGUAGAUACGUGUGAGAAAAAUGACUCUCGCUACUAUUAUACUUAGUCGGUGGCUGAACUAAAUGGCAGUGUUCGCUUAUCUGCUGCUCAGUGUUGGUAACGAGCUAUUCGACGUCGCAAACGUAUUCAUACGAUCCGGUGGUUCACUUGCGGAAUGCAGAGAUUACUGGCAGUGCAAACGACGUGAUCAACUAUUUCAAUACUAUAUCGAUCGCUAUUAUAGCAACGAAAGCGAAAACGGUGGUGCGAUGUCUUCUGAAUCUCUGGAUAGUUGCGAUUUUGCGUAUCAAGAUUCGCCCAAAUCACCUGGUUCGAGAAGUUUAGACAAAAGCUCCGCCACGGAGACAGUUUACACUCUAGAAGGAAUCACCGAGGUGUCUCCUGGCCUAAGCUUUGUAAUCAGUGGCAGUAUCUUGCUAACAUGUGAGCGGUUUUCCAUAAACUUCGUGCUGAAAAACUCGGACCUUGCGUUGCAUUUCAAUCCGAGGUUACCGCAAAACUACAUUGUCAGAAAUUGUCGUGUGAAGGGAGUUUGGGGUAAAGAAGAGGUUGCAUCACCACUGUCGUUCAAUUUACAUCGUGGGAAGCAGUUUAAAAUUCAAAUUCUAGUCACGGAUAAAGAAUUUCUUAUGUGUGUCAAUGGGCGACACUUCAAUGCAUUCAAACAUCGACUGCCUUAUAAAAAAAUUUGCUCGCUGGAAGUAAAAGGAGACGUCAAGGAUGUAGCAGUUGAACAAGUUUUCGUGGAAUGCUAUCCCGAUAUUAUACUGGAUGAGAUUCAAGAAUUAUCCAAGGAUAGUUUCAGAAUGCAGCCGAUGUCUGAUUCAAAUUUUAAAAUUAUGCCUUAUACGGGUCGACUGACGGAACCAUUCACCAAUGGCAAAAAUUUGCACAUCAGAGGCAAAGUCAAACUGCUGCCGCACUCGUUCUAUGUCAAUUUGCAGACCAACCAUUAUUGGUGGCCUCAUCCGAAUGUGCUGUUUCAUCUAAAUCCACGUUUUGGAAGCGUAGGUGGCAAGCACGUAAUUUGCCGAAAUUCGUGGAUUAACGGAAAAUGGGAACGAGAAGAGCGCUCGGAGAAUCUGACCGAUUUUAUGCCGGGUAAACUAUUCCAUCUUACAAUUGCGUGCACCGAGGGAAGCUAUCAGGUUUUUUUAAAUGAAAAACUAAUAGUUGAGUUUUAUUUCCGAGAGGAUCCGCGACUGGUUCAAUCGGUUUACAUCCAAGGUGACAUCAAAGUAUUCAGCGUAGUACUAGAAUCUGCCUACUGAAGAUUGUUCUUUACAUUGUAUUAAAGCUGAGCUUCAAUUCGUACAAUAAUUUUCAAUGGUACCAAUUUACAUAGGUAAUACUUUAUUUACUAAACGUUCUCAAGCCAUGUAUGAAACUAGCGUAAUUAGUUUUUGUUAACACAUUGGUGUUGUUCCGAUGUAUAUUCUGUUAGGUAUUAUCCGUGUACUAAAAGUACUACAUGUAAGAAUCUAUAUAAGCAAGUUCUAUUGGUUGAUAAGGAGUGUUAGAAAUUAACAAAACAUUUAUUGCCUAAAAUACACAUAUACUGGUGUGCAAUAGGGUUAAUGUGUUAUAAUUAUUAUUAAA